AUGUUGAAUAAGAAAAACUCAGAUAAAGAGAAUACUUCAUUAAAUAAUAAAGAAAUAUUAAAGCCACGAAUAAUAGGAGAUUAUUAAUUAGGUUUGAAGUAUUAAAUAUUAGAGUUAAAACUCUUGGAGUUGGCACAUUUGGUUUAGUUAAAUUGGGUUUACAUUAAAUAACUGGAGAGAAGGUAGCCAUUAAAAUUUUGGAAAAGGAAAGAAUAAUUGAGGUUACAGAUGUUGAAAGAGUAUCAAGAGAAAUACAUAUUUUAAAAUUGAUUCGACAUAGACAUGUUAUUUAAUUAUAUGAGGUAAUAUUAAUAUUUAAAGUAGAUUAUAGAAACAAAAAAACACAUAUUUUUAGUAAUGGAAUUUUGUGAUAAUGGUGAACUCUUUGAUUAUAUUGUAAAGAAUGAAAAGUAAAUAUUCAAAGAUGAUUUCUUAGAUUAGAUGAAAUAGAAGCUUGUCGCAUAUUCUAAGAACUAAUUUCAGGCAUAGAAUAUAUUCACAAACUCAAUAUAGUUCAUAGAGAUUUGAAACCUGAAAAUUUAUUGUUAGAUCAUUAGAAUUAAAUAAAGAUAGUAGAUUUUGGAUUAUCGAAUACUUAUAAACAAGGAGAGUUGCUUAAAACUGCUUGUGGAAGUCCUUGUUAUGCUGCUCCAGAAAUGAUAGCUGGUCAUAGAUACUAAAGUAUCUUAGUUGAUAUUUGGUCAUGUGGCGUCAUCUUAUUUGCUACUAUUUGUGGUUAAUUGCCAUUUGAAGAUAAAAACACUAGUGAUUUAUAUAAGAAAAUACUUAGUGGUUAAUAUACAAUACCUUCUCAUGUCUCAUAAGAUGGUUAAUCAUUUCUAAAAGGAAUAUUAAAUACAGAUCCAUCAAAACGGUUUAAUCUGGAAUAAAUUAAAUAACACCCUUGGUUUAAGCUAUAUAAAAGAGUUUAGUCUAUUCCUUAAGGAAUUAUUAUUGGAUAUAGCAGAAUUCCAAUUGAUGAUGCAAUUGUUGAUUAAUUAAUAAUUAAAGGAUUUAAUUCAGAUUAUAUAAAGAAAUGUCUUGAUGCAAACAAACAUAAUAACUUAACUACAGCCUAUUUCCUUAUAUUAAAGAAACAUCUCAUUAAUGGUGGAAAAUCAGUUGCUGAUAUUAAUUCAACCAAUUUUAAUGAAAAACUAUUAGAACCUGCAACUCGUCCUUAAAAACGUAAAUUUGUAAUUUAUUUCUAGCUCCAAUUAGUAAUCUCAUAGAUAGUCAAAUGAUGAAAACUCUAACACAUAAUAGAUCUGGUUCUUGUUAAACAAAUAAUAAAUCACAUACUCAAACAAGAGGACUUUCAGUACUUCCAUCAGAUGAUACAAGAUCAACUAAUAAUGGAUCUAAAAACAACUAAACUUCAUUAUUAUCAAUUGAAGUAAACUAAUCAAUAUAAUAUUUAAGGAUUAAUCAUUCUUCUUUGAAAGAAAAAAGUCUUAAUCUUUUUAAUAAACCAACAAUAAAAAGAUGUCAACUGACAUUUAAAUGAAUGAUACAUUAAAUAAAACUACUUAUUUAGCAACUUCUAAAAGAUCAUCAAAUGCAUUCACUGCUUCUCCAGCACAUCAGAAUAAAUUACUAAAGUAUCUAAGUAUAAUUAUAAAUUAUUAUAGAAUCAUCUACAAAAACAGGCACUCCAACAGCUCUUAGGGGUAAUUCAUAACCUAAAAUACCUUAAAAUAGUAAGACUACAAAAAAUCAAAAGGGUUCAUUUAUCAAUUUUGAUUCUUGUUAAGUUCAAGAUAAAAAAAAAGAAAAUAAAUCAAUUAAUUUAAUUGAUGCUACUAACAUUGAUAGUAAAAAAAAAUCAUUGCAUAUAGAUGGAGUAAAUAUUCUAAUUUUAGACUUUAAGGAUCUAUCUGCAGCCAGCACAAAACCAUAAUCAAUGCCUUAUUAACUUUGGUUAAAAAUAAAUAGUAUAAAAGGAUCAAGAGAUCAUAGUGGAGGAGGUUAAAAGUCUAGAAAAGCAAAUAGUAAUACUACAAAGGCUAACAUAAAUUAAAGCUUCAAUUUUGACAAGCGAGUUUGA